AUGUCCUUCUUAUUUGCCUGUAGCUGUAGGGAUACUCACAGGAAAUUAUCCACGGAAGAGCCGAUUACAGCGGAUGUGUUUGAAAACAUUCAGAUGCAUCUGGACAUGAUUGAAGGCAUUCGAUCAAAGCCAUGGACCAUGGACGAGAAAUUAGAGGUUCUUAGGUAGGUGUGUGUACGACAUGCGUUUAAGGGGUGAUUCUCUAUGCGGGUGAUUCUUGACAUGCAUUAGCUCAACGAUUGAUCCUUCUUUUCUGCAGACAUGCAAAAAAGUAUGUAGAAGAGCAUUCAGGUGAUUUGAAUAGGUUACAGCAUUUCACAGAAACCCGGAUAAGAGUACGUAAUGAAGUCUUAUGUCUAUGUUUCAUUGUCGCUAUAUUUACGUUGCAUAUCAUACACUUUUCUUUUUGUAUAAAGUAUAGUCCUAUGCCAGAAUAGAAACGCACUGCCAGCAGGAUUACAUAACACACAGAAUAAGAACAGACGCGUGCAAGAGUAACUCUUAACCAAAGUACAUUUUACUACUUCAUUAACAGUUCAUACGGCAAAUUAAAAGACAGUUCCAAAACUUCAUUGUGUUCUUCAUUCCUUGGGAGAAGAGGAUUAAAAACAUACAAGGUAAGAUGCAACUUGCUUGAGUCAGAUGCUAAUCAUUUCCUCCACUGACUUCCUUUUUUAACCAUUACACGUUCCCAUGCCGCAAAGGGUUAACUGAGCCUGCCGCGCUGAAGCUAGUUUUCAGAGUCCAAAUCUUCAUCAAGUGCGCAUGGGAACGAGCUCCUCGGUACUCAAACUCCAAAGACAAACGAAGUUAUCAAUCAUUCUUUUGUUUCUUUCUCUUUUGGAACUACAAUGCAAUCGACGACAACAUUGUUGAGACAUUGUCCUAGCUGAGAGGGCCGGGUUAAUUACGGACAACAAAACAAUCCACACCCCUAUCCACUCCCCUCCUCCCCGUUGUUGUUUUCUACAGGUGGCUCCCAGAGCUCCAACAGCGGCACAACAUUGUAUGGAGCAAUCUCGUACCCAAAGUCUUCUGGCUGUUUGGUCAACGUUGCCCCGCUGGUCAAACACCCAGAAGAGUCUGGGAAAGAGAUUUUGCGUGGAGGGAAUGGGGAGGGAAAGCUUUAUCUUAAAUUUUUUUAAGUUGGCAAAAUGUUAGGGAGGCCCUUUAGGGCAAAGUGUCUCAAAUAUUUUUGUUGCCGCUCGUAAAUCCUUUCAAGAACGCCCCGAGGAGAAUUAAACCGCAAAACAUUCAUUUGAUUCUUCUUUGAAAAUUAUAGUAUUUGUUAUAAACUGUCUUUUUCUUUUCAAGGGUAUUUUGGAGCUGGAAUCGGUUCAUUCUUUUUAUUUUUACGUUCCUUGGUGUGGAUUAAUUUUAUUCUUUUAGUAUUCAUCUCUGUUUUUGUUGUCGCCCCACAGGUAAGUAUAAUACCUAUUCGUACAUUAAAUAUCAUCCAUCAUAAAAGGCAUAGUGACGGGUUUGAUCUAGGAUUGUAGGAUACGAGCAGUAUUUUCAGUGGUGGUAAAUUAAAAAAUCGCUGUCAUAAUAGUCCCAGAGCUCAAGUUUGUACUGUCGAGUUCGGUGUUCUAGUGAGGGUUUUGUUUUUAAAAGACUGCAUGAUAGUUGUUCGGUUUACUGAAAUCGCUUUCUAAGUAUUCUGUUUUGCGUGAUUUGUAUGUUGCUUGCGUGUCACGUAAUAGGUGCACUCGAUUCGUCUAGUUCAGUAUAAGUUCAUGGAAAUUUACUUGUUGAGUACGUAAUUAGUAAAGGGAUUAAAGAACUUUUUCCUUUUGGUCGACAAGCAUAGUUUUGUCUCUUAUUGUUGUAACUGUUCCUAUGCAAGUAUAUCUAUUGUUUCCCUGACUUGCCCUAAGUCGUCUCUUAGUCUGCUAUUAAUAUUACUGAGAGAAGCGCGGUUAAGAGGAGGGCGAAGGUUGAUAGGAAGGAGGAAACAGGGGAGAUCUCUCCCUUUCGUUUUUCUCCUUCUUAUCACUCCUCCCGCUCCCUUCGGUCACGCUUCUCGCGUUCCCUCCCCAGCGUCGAACGUGGAUUCCCUUAUCCAAAUAGAGACGAAAGGGGUCGAGUCAGACCUAUACCUACGUCAUUGCUGUUACUUUUUCCCAAGUCAUAACUAAAAAUAGCUUCGUAGCAAGAAUUUCCAAGUGAGGGGGAAGGAGGAAACAUCGUUUCCUUUUUUCUCCUCCCUCUCCUUCUUCCUUUUUUUUUCCGCUUUCGUUCCAACUUUCUCAGCGAAUGCACCCGAAAACACUUUUUACGCAGGCUAGCCUAAAAAUAAACGAAUACUCUAAAUAUCUUUUAAAUGGAAAGCCUGAAUUUGAAAACUGCACUGUCGUUACAUUUGAUGGAGUAUAAAAUGAUUUACUUUAUUAUUAUCACCAUGUUUCCUUUCUUUAGCUUCUGAGCCCCUCCACUGCAAUGAGACUUCCGGAGAGUGAAAAACGUACAGCCCAGCGUCUUACCACUGUUCUUGAUGCUAAGGUAUGGCCGCAUACUCCGCUAGAGGCUGUUAACUAAUGCAGGAAUCGGCUUCUGCUAAUGCUGUUCGAUCAGUUGCAUAAUGAACUAAAACGCUACUCGGAAGGCAGCUAGAUGCCGUGGAAUAAAGGAAAAGUGGUGCAUAAUGCUGUCUCAAAAGGUUUUCCCCUCUCUUCCUUUGUAAAGACAGUUAUGACGACAAAGACAAUUUAAUAAGAAAAUACAUAAAAGAUGGGGGCUAUACUUCACAAAAGCUAAACUGCAGGCGGUCUCUCUUUUGCUCAAAAAAAUCUGUGAGCGAACGUGAUAUGUGAGUAUACCAGCGAGCUAUCAAACUCAGUCACCGGGCUUCAGAAAUUAUGUAUGAAACCAUGGCAGUCUCUCUUUUUACUCGUAAUGGCGCCCUCAAAACUCGCUACUUCGCCGCUCGCAAACUCACAUAUCGCACUCGCAGUCUCAUCUAUGCAAAAGACUGCAAAGACCUUUUCUUAAGUCCUACUCUCAUCAUUGUUAUAGCCUGAGUACAGACCCCCCCCCCCCUCCCAGAUCCCUCUCCCCUCCGAUUUUUGCUGAGGGGAGGGUGUCUGUGCACAGACGACAUUGUUAUACGUAUUAUCAAGAUCUAUUAAGGAAACGAGAACUAAAACAUUACAUUACAAUAACCUUAAGAUGUGUGUUAAAAAGAAAAAGGACAAAAACUAUCUUUUUGAAGAUUCUUUUUUUUUCUUUCACAGGGUUACUUGGAGUAUUCUUUCCUGUUUUAUGGCUACUAUGGAAACGAGUAUAUUCACGUUGGUGCAGUCAAAUAUCCUCUACCUCUUGCCUAUUUUGUAGUGUUUAUGGGUACUUAUCUUUUCAGUAUCAUCAUUGUCCUCAGAGCGUAAGUAUGCCUCGAUCCCAGUUUUCAGUUUAUUAACAAUUAAUUUAUUGGACGGAGGCUUAAACCCUUUGGAGUCUGUCAGUUCAAACUAGUAGCAGUAGAGUUUUUUUUUUUUUCAAACAUAUUCGAACAUUAUUUUACAUCCAUUUUUUUUUACAGAAAACGUUUUUUAAUUUCUCUGUUUUCCUUGCCGCUUCAGUAACGCUUGGAGACACGAAAAAUUAUUCCAACGAUAAGGUCAACUUUUUCCUUAUAAAUUCGCUGUUGAGACCAGUAUCAGUACGUGUGCUAUCAUUCACGAUUGACGUCAAUCGUCGAAUAACAGAAAAAAUAUUGGACCAAUGGCGUGACUCUUGUUUUGAGUGAGCAUUGACUGGUUAUGAAAAAAACACAGAGGACAGUUAAGGCAAUCAGAAGCGGAUUAACUUUUUUAAUACAUGUUCAUCAUUAGGUUUUUUACCUUUUGCCUGUAGAAUUGUUCGUGAACAGCGCCUUGUGAAGUCUUCAGGUCAGAAUGAUCACUACCCGUUUGGAUGGCGUGUGUUUUCUGCUUGGGACUUCCUUAUUACUGAGAGAGAAACCGCCGAUAAUAAAUUGGCCUCUCUUACAACCGCUAUCAGGGUACGUUUUGUUUAUUUAUUUCUAAUAGGCAGGUGGAAUAUGAUCGUCCGGCUGAGUGUUGUCCAGAUUAGGACUGUUGUUGACAGUAACUGACGUUUCGACAACCUGUGCGGUAGUCAUUUUCGGAUUCAAAGUAAUUGUAUCACGUCAGUUGAUGGUAUUUUAAAAACUCUGUGCUGGUUACUGACCUGAUUGGUCAAUUUUUACUUAACGGUCGCGAUGUUUUUGGAUACCGUAUUAACUGAUGAGGAACAGAAAAUUAGUAUGUUCCUUAAACAAACAAGAAAGCAUUGUGAAAAGAAUCAUGGUAAUACUUCGAGAAAAGAAAAGGCAUACCACUUAUAAUACAAAUAAACCCCUCCUCUCUAAAACAGGACUAAAAGCGAAACACGUUCAGUGCACGUAACAAGCACUUGUCAAAACGCACUCGGCAGGUUCUUUUGUUAACGCAAAAUAACCUCAUGAGUUUCUUUUAAGGAACAAAUUUUGGAAGCGGUUGAAAAAGGAAAAACCACAAACAAGUAAGUUUCAUAGAACUACUAAUUGUAAUUUAUCGCUUGUUCCAAUCCCUGUCAAGCCUGAUUUUUUUCAGGUUCUUCUCUGACCGGUUAACAAACGGCAAGGAUCGUAUAUCCCAAUGUAACCUUUAACGUUGACAUUCUUAAAUUCGUCCAUUCUAAAGCCAGUUAGAGUAUAAGACGUCAUGAUUAAUAAGUUUUAAUUUUAUUUUUGAUCUUUUUUCUUUGUUCCACUGAAACUUUGCUAGUCUAUGAGAUACCGAAAACCAACACUGAGGAGGAUCAUCUACCCCUUCGCCCCUCCCCCCCCCUCAAUAACUCUCACCUGUGCAUACGUAAUAUUAAUUGACACAGUAUUAAACAACAAGAAAGUCUCUAUAAGAAAGUAGACAUCGCGGGCAUCAAUUCUUCGGUGUCUUGAGUACCUUACGUUUCACUUACUUCUCCUGAAGAAAACUUUGUCAUAGUGAUUAUUCUAACGAUAUAAAUGACCGAUUUUCCAGGAAAAGCCUGAUCGCUCUUCGGGUAUUGGCUAACGUGCUAGUGCUUGGGGUGUUAGCGGCCAGUGCAUUUUUGAUCUACUUGGUCGUCAAACGUUCAGAUGAAAGAGGAAAGAAUGGAAAACCGCCAACUGUAUUGGAACAGUACGAGGUAGGAUGGGAAAUUUACAUAAUAACCCAUUUCUAAGACAAAUAUAGCUAAUAACAUAGCACAAAAAAAGACAAAACGAACGGAAAACGAUCAAAGGAGAGCAUUUGAAUCAGUGAUCAUGCUUCGCGUAGUUUGUAGAGCCCUCUUGCUCGUAAAUUCAAGGUGGAGGUUUUGAUUCAUUCGUGGACAAUUCGUACAGCUCGGCUCACAGAAAGGCCAGAGCACUUUACUGGGUCUGAGCUCACUUUGUUACUUACUGGCUGUUUUUAUACUAAGGAUGCAUUAUCCGUCUGGACGAACUUGGGCAAACAUUUGUACUUCCUCUGGUUAUGCGUCUCAAGUAUAAAGACGGACACAAGCCGCAUUAUACGUCUGGACGAACUUUCCUUCGAAAUACGUCCUGAACGACGCACUACGAAAGGUAGUUCGUCUGGACGCAUGCGUCUUGUGCCCGUCUUUAUACUGGAGACACACAACCAGACGAAUCAUUACAAAACGUCAGUUGCCCAAGUUCGUCCAGACGGAUAAUGUCUCCUUAGUAAAAAAACGGCUUGGUUGAGUAAAACUGUGCAGCCUACUGUCACUGAUUUUCACUGAAAAAAAUCCUAAUAAAUAUCUUUUUCAUGUCCUGAAGAUCUCUUUAGCCAUUACUGGUAUGAAUGCCGUAUGUCCAGUAUUUUUCAAGUUGAUUGCUAUGAUAGAGAAGUACCAUCCCAGGGUUGCCCUUUACUGGGAACUGACCAGGUAUUUUAAUUCUGUAUUAUUUUUUCAAUUGUUUUUCUUAUUCAAUUUAGAGAGCUUUAGAUUCUAAGACGGGCGGAAGACGAGCACGACUACGAGUACGAGAUUUUCUCACUACUAAAUAGUAAUCGCGAGUAGCCCAGCGUCAUUUUGGCGGGAAAAUGUGAUAGUCAUCGUCAUUUUGCUACGAGUUUUAGCGAUUUCUCUCGUUAGCGGACAGAAGUUUAAUAUAGAGUGUUAUAGGUUUUGUUAUUUGCGGCUGGGGGAUAGCUUAACCUCCUUCAAGAUAACAGUGCUAAUUUUUUUUGUGAAAAAGAUGUACAACGAAGCUAUCCGGGGUGUCUAUUAUUUGAGAAUACGCGAAAAAACUUUAAGUCAAAUCUUGCACUCGUAGUCGUUCUCGUCCUAGAAUCUAAAGGUCUCUAUUGUGUAUAACAACGUGUAUAUGGACAGCAAAAAAAAUCUCGGGCGAAAAUACCGAGAACUCCACAGUACCUUUCCACCCGGCUCACAGUAAUUUGCUCAUUCCCCUCCUACUCAAUUUGCCUGCCCAAGUGACAAUCCUGAAAUAAUUUGCCGUGGAAGUCUAAUGUUAAAACGAUUUCUGUUUCUUGCUUUUUGUUUGUUUUAACUUUUAAAGUUAAACAGGGAAAGGUAUAUAUUUCACAUAUAUUUUAUAUGUAUGCCAAAUAUUCGUAAUCAGUCUGAAUACCUUCUCAAGACGCGCAAAAGAGCUUGCUUUUUUCCGUUUUUAGCAAGCUUUUUCAUGCAAUGUUCUGCUGUUAUUUAUUCAUUAUACUGUUAAUUUUGGAAUUUUUUUUUCUCAGGAUAAUGUUUUUGUAUCUUGGAAACAUGUAUGUCUUGGUGAUAUCUCUCCUAAACAAAAUAAAUAAGGUAAUUUUAUUGGAAAUAAAUUUCUAACGUAAUCCUCCUUUCUUCUUGCUUGCUCGGCUGAUUUAUUUACACGGUCUUAUAUCCACUAGCGUUAGUGUGAAUCAGUUAGAGGACGGCACCACAGGACGCUGUGUGUCAGACAAAAACGAAAAAACAUUUGUGGCGAUAUUAGGUAGUUGGGCCAAAUGAAUUCUAAUAUUAACGUUGCUUUAAUUGCAGACAAAAGAAACUUUUCCAAGCGUUUCCUCUGAUACGAAAGUUGGGAACGCAACUGUCAGUCCUGUGACUAUGGUAGCAUUAAACACCACAACAGGUAAGAAGUCUUCCAAAAGCUUUUGUUUUUUAAUUCGGGAGAGUUAAACAUCACAAGUAUACCACUUAUUAAAAACGGGGAGACGUUAGACGUCAUGCUACUCUGCGUUACCAAUCAGUCAUACUACAGUAGCUAGCUAGGGCUAAUUCAAGGUAAUAUCGCCGAGUUUACUCUUGCAGUGUUUGAAUAUAGUUUGACUCCUGUCUGGCUAAGAAGAAGCAACAUUUUUUAUCUCUUAGCAAUGCAAAAUCAAAUAAGUAGUGAAGAAAUAGCACUUUCUUUAGCCUUCUAACUAAGUAUCUUUGCAAUCGAUUAGGUUCGUUGUGUUGGGAGACUACAGUUGGUCAGGAGCUGUUCAAGCUGACGGUCAUUGAUCUUGUUGCGCUGGUUUUCAGCGUGAUAACCAGUGAGUUAUUCGUGUCACUGGCUGUCAGGUUUCUUAACUGUUUUCAAGGUCGACUCCUGGAUCUUGAGAAAAUUGUAAGUUAUUAUUAUCAGGAGUCUAUAACCUGCGAACCGGUAAUCGGCUCCUGUCAUUAUUUAUUGCUAUCAGUCACGGUUUUUUAAAGACCAGAAUAAUUAAAAACGCUACGUACAAAUAUGUUUCAAAUGAAUUGACAAAAACUGUAUGCAAUGUGCUCGCCACUCUAGAAACUAGAAGGGAACCACAAUUACAAUUGUAUCUGGGAUCCGUGCAUGUUUAUUGAGGGCGCGCCGGCCAGCGCAGUAUUGGCUCAUUUUUUCUCCUAUCUCUAGAAACAGUACCAGAGGUAAGUAGGUUCAGCAUGAUCGUCCGAGUGAAAGUAGUCCUGAAUAGAACUGUUGUUGACAGUGACUGACGUUUCGACAACCUGUGCGGUGGUCAUCUUUAGAGUCAAAGUGAGUUGUAUCACGUCAGUUGAUGGACGUAUUAAAAACUCUGGUUUUGACCUUAAGUCGCGAUGUUAUUGGUCGUCUGUUAGUAUAGUUAAGCCGUGAUGUUAUUGGUUAUGAAGACUCGUAAUGUCAUAAUGACAUGGACAACCGACCAUUUAACAACAACAAUAAACGACUGUUUAACUGUGACAAUAGACGAAUGGAAACGCACCAAUGACAUUACGAGUCCUCAAAGCCACGGACGAUCAUACUCAACCUACUUAUGAAAUGACUCCUGUACUCCUGGGUACAAGCCUUUCACAGUCCCAGAAGUCUUCGCGAAAGUUAACUCGGCCCAGUUUUCUCUCGAUGAAUGGAAGACGGACGCAAAAUAUGUCAAGACGCGUCCACUGUGUGUGACCAGAGGGACGAUACACUCCAACAAGAGGAACACUUUGGGAUCUAAAUUGAAAUUGCACUAAAUGCUUUCAUCUUAGGGGUUGUUCUCACUCGCUUUGAAGAUGUUCUAGUCCUAUCAUAUAACUGUGAAAGUCUCUGUAAUGUCUUGAACAGAUUUGCGCUCACUUAACACAUUUUAAUCGAUUUUCUUUCAGUUGGGCUACCCUGAGUUUAAACUAGCCGAAAAUGUGUUACAGCUAAUAAACAGCCAAGGAUUAAUAUGGUAUGAUAGUUCAGUUAAUGAGUCUAAAUAGUAAGAAGUAUUCGGAAUUUUUGAAACAUAGUAUGGAUUGAUUUUACAAGACGUUUCAAAUGGACGCGCCACUUGCCUCUUUUCAUUGUAAAAAGGAAGUUUUCAGUGCAGCAAUUUGUUUUUAAACGCAAUUUACGAAGGCAAAGAAGGGCAAGUAAGAAUUAUACAUUCCUAUCCUCCUUCUUUCUCCUCCCCUUCCCAUUCAAACCCGGAGCGAUCAACAUCCAUGCAUCUAUUCGUGUUAUGGCAUUUUCACCGCCCAUUUUAUCUUUGAUCGAUUUUGUCCGGAUUCAAGAAAUUGCCUAACCGGCCACAAAGUGAUCAGCAAAACCGUCAGUCUUUAAAAUGGUAUUUCUAUAAAAUUAAACCAGCCCGUGAAAACACCUUAACAUUAGUCCUAAUAUGGGAGUUCCUCACGCUCUAUGAUAUGGGCUUCUGCUCGGCUAGACCGACCAUUCCUACCAGAGUACUUACCAUUUACAUGAAAACACCGGAAAUUCCGGCUGGAAAAUCACAUAGUCCGCGCCAUUCCGUUUGGGAAGCCUUUGAAAUAUGGGCUGCGAUCUGAGUCAAAUCCGGGAGCUUUAGCAUCGACGACGGCAACUGCAGUGAAAACAUCAGUUUUAAAAAGAAUUCCCUUUUUUCAAACACUGUCGCGUUUAUUCCAAUUUGCUAAAAAUCGCAAAUGUAGGCGAAUUUCCUUGGAGUUUAUUUCUUGAGGAGUGGACUCAACUUUAGAGAGGGAAAAAGAAAUUCGUAGUCGCUUGUUUACGUCCUCCAUAAAACUUGCAAUUAGGCAUUUUCACGUCGUAGUCGUGCAAGAACGGUAAAGAAAUGUACAAAAAAACGUGAUGCACGUGCAAACUUGUUGUUUUGCGUAAUAAACCUAUUGCUUUUUUUGACGUCCUCGUUGCCGUCGCCGUCGUCGUUGCUAAAGCUCCCUAUCAAUCCUUUUUAGGAGGUCGUUCUCCCACCCCGUUAAAUUUUAUAGUUUUAUGCUCAUGCGCAAGAUUUCCACCCGGGUGGUUUGUGUAAAUGGAAAACACGCCCUGGAAAUCCAUGGAUAGCAGCCUUUUGUUCCAGUCACCAGCACUGCCUCAAGAACUGCCACAAGUGUCUUACUCGUAUUUUGCUGUCUAACUGAUCGUAUCUCCAUCAUCUUAGGAUGGGACUGGUUUUUUCACCCGGUUUGAUCAUGUUAAACAUUCUGAAGCUGGUGAUCAUCAUGUACUUGAGGAGUUGGGCCAUCAUGGUGACUAAUGUACCUCCCAAGAGGAUAUUCAAGGCAUCACAUCAGUUCUAUUUGCUACUCCUCCUUGUUAUGUUGUUUCUUUGCCUGUUGGCCGUAGGAUAUGCAGUGGUUGAGUAAGUACAGUACACCCUUAUAUUAUAUAGUCGGCGCACAAGCACAUCUUAACUCAAACGAUAGCAAAAUAAAGCAAAACUAACACCAGAUAUGAAUCUUAUAACUUUCAUAUCAUGUUUGUCUAUGUUUGAAAAUCAAAGAAUAAAGAUGAAUUUGACAUUCAAUUUCAAAUCAUUCUCAAACAGAUAGCCUGCCUAGCAGGCGUCGAAAGCGGUAGAGGAUAGGGAGGAAGGGAAAAAAGAGGGGGAUUGGGGAAAGAGGAUAAGGGACGCCUUCCCUUUUCCCCUCUUUCGCGCUUUUCUCCCUCCCCUCUCUCCCUCCCCUUUUUGCGCCUGCCGCGCAGGCUUCAAGUUGCAAGCGAAACAAAUGAUCUUUUUUGCUGGCUGCUUUGCACCAAGCAAACUAUGAACCAUCCAUUCUUUGUGUAACACUUUCUCAGUGUCACAUAAUUAACGAGUAAAGAAGCCUUGACUGUGCUCUGUUCUAGCUGUUGUAAAGCACGUAGGAAGCGGCUAGAGCAAGAAAGAAAUGUUGAGGAAAACAAUUGUCACUAUCAUUUGUUUUCGUUUUGCGAAAUGCUUUUAUAUUGAAAUUACUUGUUGAAAACAGGUGAGUUGUAACGUCUCUUUUGUCUAAAAAACUUUCAGGAUUGAACCCUCCAGAUGGUGCGGUCCGUUCAGGUAUAUUCAAAUUUAAUUUUGGUUACUGAGUCGUUUUUCAAUUUUAUACAAUUCUUUUCUCGGAGAAUCAGAAGGUUAAAAAUCCAUUGUUUGACUUGCAAGCUAAACUUUUACUGUGGUUUUCUCUGACUAACAGUGUUUUCGAUUAUGUAAACAUCUCCCUUCGAUCAUACUACUUUUAUGAAGUAACCGACAGUAAUAUUUCACUUUUAAAGACUGGUCCCAAGAAAAAUUGUAUUAUUAUUUUUUUCAGCCUAGAUUCUCAAGAAACAGGAAAAAGUUAUAAAAACGAACAUAAUUUGAAAACUGCAUUGAAUACGACUAACUGCUAAUCAUAUAAUGUUAUGCCCUGUUUACAAGAGGGCAAUAUUUGCUUGUGACAUUUCACAUUUACCCCAUGAGUCUAAGUUCUCACAGUGUUGCCCAUCUCCCACAAAACUGUUAGAAGUGAUAAAUAUAUGCACCAUGCGUUUUUAAAAAGUUAAACUUCAGUUCUCUUUAUUCAGAUCCUCUGGUUAAAUUCAUUGAAUUUCUAAUUUUUCUCAGGGGUAAACAUAACAUGUACAUAGUGGUAACAGAAGCAAUCGAUAAUGGCCCCUCCCUGCUGAACACCGUGUUCGAUUACCUGAGUGGGCCGAGCGUUGUGAUACCUGUGCUCAUAAUAAUGACGUAAGUAGCUGAUAACAAUCAGGGCGUAACACUAAGGUGUUCUUAUGGCGCUAUGGAAUUCUAAUCUGCUUUGAUUUGAUGAAUGUUUUCCAACUGGAAAGAUAAAUCUCUAAAUAGUUGAAAAAUUAAUAGACUGUGACCCCUACUUCAUACGACAGAUGGACGCUCCGGGUUAAGCUCAGUGGCUUCAUCCUUUCUAUAAUAAUGAGAGAAAAUGCCACAUCUAUAUAUUGCGAAGAACUGGUUUCUUGAGCAAGAAGCAUUGAAAGGAUUGAUAAGGAUUGAUACACACUCAUUAGUCUCGCCUGCGCAAGUAGCGAGACUCAUAAUCUGCGACGCGUUUUUCUUCAUAUUUAAUUUAGGACACAAAAGGGGGGACAGUGUGCAAGGCGUUCCUAGCGGAGACCGUGGAAACUGGGAAUAAGAAUCGUUGCUUGAUCGAAGCCACCUAUGUUUUGGGAAGAAAGCUUAGGAAGGAUUAAAUUUAGAGCUUUUCCGAAACUUUUCGGUCCACGAAUUCCAUCGCUUCAAAGCGUUGAUUACUUUGGAAAAAGUAAACACUACUGAGUGGUCGAAAAAAUUAGAAUCUUAAUUAGCAAAACUGUGAUGGUCGGGUGUUGUAAACUUUCAUUGUAUGCAAAUGGGUCUUGUGAUGAACAUGCGGUUUAUUUUCGGCGAAGAUUGUAAUGACGUAAUUUCUCUGGAAUCGAGGCCCUUGAAUUUUCCUGUAUUUAUAUACGCGUAUAGCCUGAGUAUAAGGCCUUCCUACGGGGCUAGGGGAGAAGAGAUUUUAGAUGGGGGAGGGGGGAGGGGGAGAAGAGAAAGGAAGGUUUCUCUCCUUCACCUCUCUCCCUUUUUCGCUUCCAUUUUUCCCCUUUUCCCCAGAAACGCCUGAUACUCAGGCUAAUACGCGUAUAGCCUGCGACCGCAGACGCAUCUCUGGUCGUCGCUAACACGCGUACUAAAUCAAUUCAGAUACAAAUAAAUAAAAAGUAUCGACGACGAUAAGGUGGGAAGUAAAAAACCUUUAGCGAGUAAAUCUUCUUUCGUGUAGAAUUAAUCGCCUCCUCAUUUGUCCAUCUAACUCUCCAAGCAAGCGAGACUGAACGCCUGUGUCAGAGCGUUGUUGUUAGUUAGAGUCUGCUAUUUCACUACACUUUACUCAAUUUCUGGUGCAAAAGCAAGAACAAUAACAACCUGGUUACGCGCACGUAGCCAGCAUUUCUGUGCUAGUUAAACGCAGUGAAAUUUUGGCAUUUUGGGGUGAGACCAUUCCUUUCUCGCAAACCUACACAACCUGAAAAUGACUGGACUGCCCUAGGCGCUGAGAAACACUCCAAAGCAACAGCAUUAACAGAAGAAUGCAGUUUAGUCAUCAUAGGAAGGGUACCAAACAAUUUUAUUUUAUUUGUUCAUUAGAAUUGCAAUCUACUACUAUCGGUCCAAGGCAAACUACCUUCAAAGUUCCAAUCGUGAUCUCAUGUUGCAGUUACACCAUGUAAGUACUUUUUGUAGAUAUGAGCACAUAAUUAAACGUGCUCCCGAUCCUGUUCUGUUCUAAGAUCACUCGCUAAGGAGUUAAAAAUCUGCCUUUCCGUUACAGGAGCGAACCGAGGACAGAAAGAAAAUUUUUCGAAGAGCUUCUGGUAAGAUUUUGUAAGCUAAUCACUAGUCAGUGAGAGGACUGAGUUUUGCGGCGGACAAAUGGCAAAUGUUUUAGUCGAAAUAUAUUCUCACGACCAAACAACUAUAAAAAAUGUAAAGUCAACUUAUUUCAUUUUAAGUGGACUGUACAAAAUUAUCUAACACGAGUUAUAUGACAUGCAAAGGGGAAGAGGGGUCUUCAUUGCUAAUCCCCUCCAAAACGCCUUUCUGUUUUUCGUUAUGUUACAAAGAUGCACAUCAUCAAUCCGUGGCUCCGCAGACUCAGUAAAAUUUUACAUUGUUUUUUUUUUUUUUUAAGUUACAGGCAAUCUUGUAUUUUAGUCAGUGUAUCACAAUUACUUUCGCAUGUAGCUAUUCUACGGUCAGAAAUCUUUGUUGAUUUAUUUCUGUGUACGUGUUUGCUUCAUUCCAGAACAUGUUAACUUGGCCAUUUCGAAAACAGAUACAAAUUUUAAUCGCCUCCAAAACCACGAAAACACGACACCAGAAAGGGAAAACUAUAAUUCCUUCGUUGGCGAGACAACAAGUAGCCACCAAAAAGAUAAGCUGCCUAAGAGAGGAAGUAGAAUGAGUGCGCAGUCUUUCAGCCAACUAGUCAGCGAUGUUCCAACCAAGGGACAAGCUCAAUGCGCAGAUUUGACACCUAUAGUGACGUAUGAUGGGAACGAAGAGACACCUGCACCAACAGCAAAAGCGACAAGUAAGGGGUAUUCUCAUCGUGAGGUAAAGGUGAUUGUUCAUAAUAAGAAAACACACAGUUCAACUAGUUCCAGUUCAUCCACUUGCUCCAGUGUGCGGUCUUUUGGCCAGAGAAGGCAUCCAGUAAAACAUCACUUUGAUAGACCACGUGACUGUUCUCCUUUACUUGCAAGUCAUCAAACUGAAAAGCGAAAUAGCGAGAGAAGUGAUUUUUCUCCUGCUGAAAAUAAAGCGGUCGGUUCUCAACACGUUUCUUCUACUUGUAUCGAUGAAAGAAAUGCUGAAUGCGAAGAAACCAUAGAACUUCAAGUUGUGACUACUGUGAAUAACGCUAGUGAUACAACUGAUGGCGACUCAAGUAACGCAGAGGCUAAUGAAGAUAGGAUCACGAAACAAGGAGGAUCUCUAGCAGACAUGUUUGACACUUAG